UGGUUACAUUUUGCGUUUUCCCGCAACAAGUAACUGGAAGUGCGUGGAAACUAAUAGGUGUUUUUCAGCUAAAAUGCCGAAACGUGGCUGUCCUUUCACGGAGACGUUUUCCUCGCAGUAUAAAAUACAUGUCGGGCAGCAGGAGUUGAGCCAUAACAGUGUGUUAGGCAACAAAUACAGACAAGAAAUCUACGAGAAGACAAAGAAUCUGCUUUUCAAUGGCAGCAAGACUGUGACGGGGAAGAUAUGGAAUGGGGAGGACAAGUCUGCGGUGUCUCCUGCCUGCAGCACAUCUCUGCUGAAAGGACAGACCCUGAUUGGACAGGACGGCCGACUGACGAGAGCAGGCACUGCGUCGGGUGUUGCGAUGGCUCCUGGCAGCUGCUGUGUGUGUCAGAAGAACCAGCGGUCCAGAGCGUUGUGUUCGCAGUGUGACCGUCACACAUGUGCCACGUGCACUCGCCAGUGUUCCAGCUGCGCCAACGUUUGCUGCUCAGUCUGCACAGUCAUAGACCGAAGUAUUCGCCCAGGUUUUAGCCGACUGACCAGGUCGUGAGAUCUCAUGCCGAGGGGAGCGAGUGGGAGGAAGUCGAUACAAAGCCGAGUAAGCCGUUAAACGUGAAACUUCAAAAAAAUGCAGUGGUCUGAAGUUUGUCAAUGGUCACACAGGCACUGUGGUGACAUUUGGAUUUUGUUCAGAAUAUUUUUAAGGACUAUCUUUUAAACUAAAGUAACAUAAUUUUCAGGAGUAACUAAAGUGCUCCACAGUGAGGCGCAGACGUGAAGGUGUAUGAAUAAAGUACAGGUAGAUUUAUAGAAAGUGUUGAGUGGAAAUGAGGUUCAGGACCAAAGUUUACAGCCACCGCAAACAUGAUUUAAAAACUCUUGCCAUGCAAACAUUAAAGGAACGAUCUGAAAUCCAGAAUGUCGAAAUGUUUUUUACCACCUAAACCCUGAAAUGUGAAGAUUGGAUGCUUCUUAUUGAAAAAUUUUCUAUGGGCUAUUAUACCACCUGCAAACAAACAAGGCGAAAAAGAGAAUGUCAUAAGCCUACGUCUUAACGUCCACCACUUGCAGCUAACGUGCAAACACAGCAUUAACAUGUUUAGUCCGCGUUUACAAAAGCACGAGCCCAGAACGGAGGCGUUGCUAGAUUGAAGUUUAACGGAGGUUUAAUUGUGAAAUAAUAACAACGAUGCAGAGCGAUUGAAAGUUGUCUGUUGGCGGCUUCCUUCGUGCCUGCAGGUGGUGAGUACUAAACGUAUUACGAUGGAUUUAUAUUUUCCUCCACGAAUUCUUAAGUGUAAAUUUAUGAGUUAGUUUGUUUCUAUGA